CCAAAGAGAGGAGCCUGCCUCCUCCCAGCUUGCACGACCCUGAGGAGGUGCCCCGUUCCUCACCUCCAUGGGCCAGACGGCCCUGGCCGGGGGCAGCAGCAGCACGCCCGCCCCGCAGGCCCCGUACCCCGACGGCCUGGAGGAGCUGCUGGCGGCUCCACCUCCUGACCUGGGGGCCCAGCGGCGCCAUGGCUGGAACCCCGAGGACUGCUCGGAGAACAUCGUGGUCAAGGAAGGGGGCUUGUGCUUUGAGCGGCGGCCGGUAGCCCAGAGCACCGACGGGGCCCGGGGGAAGAGGGGCUACUCGCGGGGCCUGCACGCCUGGGAGAUCAGCUGGCCCCGCGAGCAGAGGGGCACCCACGCCGUGGUGGGCGUAGCCACGGCCCGGGCCCCUCUGCAGGCUGACCACUACGCGGCGCUGCUGGGCAGCAACAGCGAGUCGUGGGGCUGGGACCUGGGGCGGGGAAAGUUGUACCAUCAGAGCAAGGGGCCCGGGGCCCCCCAGUACCCCGCCGGACCCCAGGGGGAGCAGCUGGAGGUGCCCGAGAGGCUCCUGGUGGUGCUGGACAUGGAGGAGGGGACGCUGGGCUACGCUAUCGGGGGAACCUACCUGGGGCCAGCCUUCCAUGGUCUGAAGGGCAGGACCCUGUACCCGGCAGUAAGCGCUGUCUGGGGACAGUGCCAGGUCCGCAUCCGCUACCUGGGCGAAAGGAGAGCCGAGCCACAUUCCCUGUUGCACCUGAGCCGCCGGCGUGUGCGCCACACCCUGGGGCAUGCACGGCUGGGCCAGGUAGCCGCUCUGCCCUUGCCCCCAGCCAUGAAGCGCUACCUGCUCUACCAGUGACCCUCCAAGACUACACAGGCUGAAGGAGUCUGGGCACCACCUCAACACCCCAGGACUGAGGGGAGGGGCCUACAGCUGCUGUGGCUGGGGGAGGUGAGGCAGGACCCCUCUGCUAAGCCAGCAGUCAGGCCUGGUGGGCAAGGCACCUCAAGUAAAGGAAGUACAGACUGUGUUGUUA